UUACGUUUAAAUAUAUGGAUAUAAAAAAACAUUGUUCUUAUAACUGUUACGUUGAAGACGAAAGGAACAUUGUGUGUUCAUGCAAUUAAGAACACGAAGUGACUCUGUGGACCCAGCGCCCGUGUGGUCCUCAUGGCGUUCGCCAGCAGUUUUGGUAACACUCGUGCAAGCCGUAGUUGUCAUAAUGAUCAAAACCUUCAACGUCACCAUUUCCCGGAAGAGGAGACUUGUGGCUGCGUUCCAGGCGCCAACAAAAGGCGCCGCAAAGAACUCAGCUGGCAGCUCUUCAAGGAGCGCAUCCGGCAGUUCAGCAUCUGGUACUCGGAGACCGAGGAACAGCGAGAGAACGAGCGCUUCAACCUGAGAAAAACGCGCAAGCUGAAUAAAGUAAGCAACUCGCCCACUACGUCACUUAAGUUGCUACGCUUGCUUUAUGGCGUUGAUUUCGCCAUUGCCGCCACUGGCGGUGCGUUCUUGUUCUGUAGCACCGUCAAGUCGAUCGGCGGCGACACUGCACUUUUCCAAAAUAAAGCCCUGUACGUGCCGCUUGGCGUGAGCUUGAUCGCCCUGUCGGUGAUGCUGCUACUGCUGGCGACAGGAAUAAAACAUAAAAUGCGUAAGGCACACAAGCCUCGGAGAAAUUUUUAUAUUCUUGAAAAGAAUAAAAGUUCCAAGUCCAUGCUCGAGACACAUACGUUCGUGGAAAUACCAAAGUUGGAGAACGCUGACGAAUCGGACAUGACGGAAAUGAUUUGUAUCAAUUCAAGAAACAACGAUAACACUACUGCCACUGAAGGAGCUUGCGCCAUGCCUUUAAGAGUAUCGUUUAACACUUUUGAUGCGCCUAUAUACACUGAUGAAUUAAUUAACAGGCAUGAACAACUCAAACUAUUGAGGCUUCAAGCGCUUGAACAUAGAGAAAGAGUAGGCCAAGAAGAGAGGCUAUCGGGAAGUAUCGCUUUGCACAGCUGAUGUGUUUGGCCGACAGCAACAAUGCGCUAUUUUGUGCAAGUCCUUUUUGAACAAACGUUCAGUAUUAAUAAAGUAUGUGUGCAUCUAAAUGUUUAAUGCUGUCUAUUGUCAACACGUCAUUUUAUGUAUAAAAAGAAAAAAUAUCAUAAAACCAGACUUUUAACCCAUUUCGCUAAAAAGACAACACGAUUUAUCAUAGCAUAAAUAUUUUAUUUAUUACUUAACAAUAUCCAUGCUUCAGAAAAUAAAAAUGAAACAACCACAUUUUCGUUUAUUACAGACAUUUUCACAACGCAAUUUAUGUUAAGGGCCCAUUUGCAUGUACAAAGCAUACAUCAACGUGUAUAGGAAUGCUUUUUAUGAAUAUUUAAAAAUAAUUACAAAAUAUUGCUAACAUCUUUAAUUAAAGUAAUCAAACUGUUGGUGACAAACAAUCAUAGUUUUAACAUUCAAAUGUAUUACUUUAUACGAGUACGUAAAUAUUCAACGGCGUUAUUUAACUGAACGUGUUAUGAAUGUGAUUUUAUUUGUACUACCAUGCAUAGAUUAUAUCGUAUCAUCACAUUGCAUACAACCUUAGAGACAUUAUG